AUGACUUUAAGCGACGUUUUGAACUUUCCCAACCUUCUCGACGUUGGCUACAAUGGAAAUGCUCUGGCUCUUCGUCAACUACUUUCCAACGCUUUAACAACUUUAAUAAUAAUAGGCGCAUUAUUUGUGCAGACAACAAGUGGAUUUAGAUCAUCAAUUGAAUCGAAUGGCGCUGGACGCAAACUGUUUGGCGGCUAUCGCAUUACCCCGAAGCAUUGUCGUGCCACCAAGACGCUGCCCAGCUCAGAUCCUCGAUCGAAUGGACCCACCAUAUGCAUGUUUAAUCAUGAAUGUGCACAGCGGGGCGGCGAGGUGGUGGGUGCCUGCAUGGAUGGCUUUCUGUUUGGCGCCUGCUGUCAGAUACCGCAGACCCAUGAAUUGGCCAGCACGUUGAUCAAUGAUGCGCAGAAUGCCUAUUUCCAGCAGCAUCAGCAACAGCAGCAGCAGCAACAGAAGCUGCAACAGGCAGCGCAGUCCUCCUAUGAGAACUACGGAGAGCAACAACAACAACAACAACAGCAGCAGCAACAGCAGCAACAGCAACAACAGCAACAACAGCAGCAACUGAGCGAUGAGCAGCCGGCACAGAAUAUCUACGAUCAACAAAACCUGGACAAGGUCUAUCAGCAGCUGGGAAGCACAGCUAGCAUUGGCCAGAGCGUGCAGCCGGCAGCACAGGAUGAGCUGAGCUUCUCCGGCAGCUCCACGGAGGCCACCCAAUCCCAGUCCGCCAGCGUGGAAUUCGAACAGGAUGCCCAGCUGCAAGCCAACAAUGAGGAGACCAACUUCAAUGAGGUGAAGCUGACGGAACAACCGCCAGCGAUUCAUGUGAACAAACAUUCCGUGAAGAUCAACACGUUCUCAUCGCCGCCUGGCAAUGAUGACUUUGUGAUGCAGGUGUUGGCCACGUUGCCACCGGAGCAUACGGAUGAUAUUGUCACAUUUACCACCGAGGUGCCCACCAAGAUAUCCGGCAGCACAUUGGAUCCCAGCAGUUCAGAGUCCAACUCGUUUGAGGAGUCGCCGACGACGCCGACACCCACAACGCCCAAGUCCAAAGCACAGCCGAAACCGCAGCAGAAACCACAGCAGAAACCACAGCAGAAACCACAGCAGAAACCUCAAGCAAAACCCGUGCCACAAUUGGCUGAGACCAUGAAGCGUCCAGUGCAGCAGGUUAAGGCCAAGCCAAAGCCUGCCCAGCCAACAAAUUUGCAUAAUCACAAUCAUCUCAUACUCGAUGGCGGUGAGUUUACGCACAGCGACAUUACACAUCCUGGUGCGGAUGCUGAUCUCGUCGAGGACUUGCAGUUCUCCACGGGCUACGGACCACAGCCGGUCUAUGUGCAGCCACCACAGCAGGAGCAGCAUGAGCAGCAGGAGCAGCAGGAGCAGCAGCAGCAGCAUCCCUCAUCUCAGAGCUACAUCUCCUCCAGCAGCAGCAGCACACAGCCCACUGCCACUCAGAGUAAUCCCACCACUGUAUCCUCCAUAACCACGCAUGUGGACUCCAUUGAGUCCAUCAUACUACAGCUGAACAACAGCAGUCAUGGUCCCAGCUACAAUGUGGUCAGCCAGCAGACGCCCCCUUCCUAUGGCUAUGCUCCUCAGGCCGAGCACAGCGAGACCACCGCUGCUGUCACAGCACAGCCGCCCAGUUACUAUCCGCAGAGCGAGGAGGGCAUCAAGUCACAGGAGCAGGAGCAGGAUUAUGCCUACACCACGAGUGCCAACUAUGACAACAGCUACGACAAGGUGUCCGAAGAGCAGGAUCUUUAUGCAGCCGGCAGUCAAUCCGCGGAGCUGCCAACGCCACGACCCACUUACAGUGAGGAUCAAUCCGCAGUGCUGGAGGAGCACACAAUGCCCGCCAAUGGCUACAAUGAUGCCGCACUUCCGGUGGGCCCACAAACCUCCGAGUUCAACAAAAUGCCCGUCAUGGGCAUCGCCUAUCCGGUGGACAUGUCCUACCUGGAGGCUGAGUCCGGCCAGACUGAGAACGAUCCCUCUGGCUACGGCUCACAGGAAGCCAACACCGAGUUUAGCUAUCAGAAGAUAACCAACACGUACACGGAAGCGCCGCAACCAUCGCCCGCCUAUGUGAGACCCUCGACCAACUCCAAUCGCCCGGUGGCCUCCUACAUUGGCAUGGUCACCAUGCAGCACUACAAUGAUCCGCUGCCCGCCGAAGUGUCCGUCUCCUCGCACACCACCAAGGUGCAGGAGCAGUACGAUGCCAGCUCCGAUGGCUACCAGCAGACAGAGAAGUUGUCCACUGCCAGUUCCGCACCCACCUCCAGCACCACCACAACACAAGCUCAGCGUCCACAAUACGACUAUGUGGAGAGCUCAUCGUCGCGUCCAGUGUUGAUAACGGCAAGUCCCAAGCCACGUCCCAAGCCCAGCAGCAAGCGUCCUCCCACGAAGAAGAAGCCCAGCAACAACUACAACCAACAACAACAGCAUGGCGAGCAGAAUACGAGAAGACCUGUCUACGACACGGAGGAAUCCCCCGUUACGCACAUACAGAUCAAGCAACCCCAAGGUGCUUACAACACGGAACAGGCUACCCAGCAGUCGGAGUCGGGUUACCCUCAAUCUCCGGCAGCAGCUCCCACUUCCAGCUACGAUCAGUCCGCUUCUCCAGCGAUCAACUACGAUCAGUCUGUAUCUGCCGCUUCCGGCUACGAUCAGUCUUCCGUUUCCGGCUAUGAUCAGCCCGCGACGCCAACAGUUAGCUACGCUCCUGUUCCCGCUCCUGUUCCCGCUCCUGCUCCUGCUCCCGCUCCUGCUCCUUCCCUACUCGUCUAUAAUGAGCAGUCUGCGGCCAGUUCGCCGUCACGUAAGCCCGCCUCUUCGGUGCCCAUCUCCACCAGCUAUGUGACGGGUCCAACUACACCACGUCCGCCCGCCACCGUGGACUAUCACUACGAUAAGGUGCCACCGCUGUUCAUGGCCGACGACAAGCUGGACGCCUUCAUACAGAGCACCGCCGAGAACAUCUUGGGCUCCACGCCCGGCAAUUAUCAGGCUCCGCUUUAUGCCACCGCCUCAACCCCCAUUCAUAUCCAGCAACCCACGAGCAGCUACGGUGGACACAAGAAACCCGGAUUCGUGCAGAUUACGCCUAAGCCCACGGCUAUAAAUCUGGUCAGCUCCAGCUCGUGGACUAACAGCGACCACAACAAUCACAACAAGCUGGCUGCCACCACAAACUCCUAUAUCUAUGGUCCCACUGUCACACGUCGUCCUGUCAGCACGCCCGCUGUGGUUAGCUCCAAUGACUUUGAGGAUCCGGGAUACUUUGGCAUGCCCAUUGCCGGCGUGGGCAGCAGUCCAGUGCACCUGACUUACACACAAUCCACGACAGAGUCGCUGUACGGCCUGCCGUCCGAUGAUAAGCCCGCGUUUCCGGGUUAUUAUGGUCCAACUCCAAGCUAUCCGGCAUUCUCCGUGCCUGGCGAGAAAGUGGCCGAGGAAACGUACACAUCACCCAACGAUUUCGUCAACUUCCCGCCAGUGCGCAAUCCCAAUCUCAACAUGUCCGCCGCCUCGAGUGCUGUCACCAGCGACCUGGAGCUGUCCACGCCCGCGUUUGUCGAGGAUGUGGUGCUGAAGGAUAAGAUGCAUACGCUGGUCCACAAAUUGGUUGCCUCGCUGCAGGGCAACUUUGAGGCCUUGGCCGACAUGAUCGACGAGACGAACAACACGGCGUCCACUUAUGCAGCUGGUGCUGCCAACACGAAUGUUAACCGCAAAACCACCCGCAAACCGGUGCGCUUGGCAACCAGCGCAAAGCCAAAGGUCACCACCAAGAAGCCAGCGACACGUGUGUCCACCAAGGCGCCCAACAAGAAGACCUCGGCUAGCAGCACCACACGCAAGCCAGUCACACGUCGCACCACCACAGCGAGCACCACCACGCGUCGUCCCAGCUCCAAGAAGCCCACAAGACGCAUCAGCAGUACCGUGAAAACCACUACGCGUCCCGCUAACGAUGAGAUUGUGGAUGAGGAGGAUGAAGAGGAUGUCAAUCCGAAUCCUCAUGAUAACGAAAUCGAUCAAGGAUCCACACUAAGCUCCUACGGUGGUGCCAAUGGACGCAAGAUACAAUGCGGCGUUCGUCCACAUGUCAAAUCGGGUCGCAUUGUCGGCGGCAAAGGCUCCACAUUUGGCGCCUUUCCCUGGCAGGUCCUGGUCCGCGAGUCCACCUGGCUGGGACUCUUUACCAAGAACAAGUGUGGCGGCGUUUUAAUCACUAGUCGCUACGUCAUCACCGCCGCCCAUUGUCAGCCCGGCUUUUUGGCUUCCUUGGUCGCUGUCAUGGGUGAGUUUGACAUCUCUGGGGAUCUGGAGAGCAAACGUCCCAUCACCAAGAAUGUCAAACGUGUCAUUGUCCAUCGCCAAUACGAUCCUGCCACAUUCGAGAAUGAUCUGGCACUGCUGGAAAUGGACAGUCCCGUGCAGUUCGAUACGCAUAUAGUGCCCAUUUGCAUGCCCAACGAUCAGGCGGACUUCACAGGACGCAUGGCAACUGUCACGGGUUGGGGACGCCUCAAGUACGGCGGUGGUGUGCCCUCAGUGCUGCAGGAGGUUCAGGUGCCAGUUAUCGAGAAUAGCGUCUGCCAGGAGAUGUUCCACACUGCUGGACAUAACAAGAAGAUACUCGGCUCCUUCCUGUGCGCUGGCUAUGCCAAUGGGCAGAAGGACUCGUGCGAGGGCGACAGUGGAGGUCCUUUGGUGCUGCAGCGUCCUGAUGGCCGUUACGAGUUGGCUGGCACCGUUUCCCAUGGCAUCAAGUGUGCGGCGCCGUAUUUGCCGGGCGUGUAUAUGCGAACGACAUUCUACAAGCCCUGGCUGCGUAGCAUAACGGGAGUUAAAUAGGCCACGCCCACCCAGCCUGUAACUGUAAAUAGAAGUAGAGUUAGAAACUAGUAAAAAAGUUGAAACAACUUUCAUAUAAUUUAUAAUUCGAACGUCGCAUUCUCGACUCUCCCCUUCAUCCCAUACACUGUCAUUAGCUUAAUUGGAAAAGUGUAGCAGCAGAAAAGAAAAAGAAGAAAAACAAAACAAGAAAAACGAAGAAAA